AUGAAGUCUUUUGUGGCAAUUAUUUUUACAGCUGUUCUAAGCGGCACAUUCGCGGUCAACUACGACGACGGUAAAUACCAUCCCGAAUACUACCAGACAGGGAGCAAAUAUGUACAUACGGAUGAUGGCCAGUACCACGGAAAAUAUAAUAAUAACUUGAAGGGGAUCAAUAUUCAAAACCGAGCCAGCCAGAAACCAACCAACCAGCUUUAUAACAAAUUUAUAAGUCUGAACCAGGAAUUGGUGGCGCCUUUUGCUUAUAGAACCUCCCCAACUCCAGUUUAUGCCACUACUCAGGCACCCGUAGUUCCCGUAACACGCUUCGUUGUGCCUUUUGAGCCUUACGUCAAAUAUGCACCUUCUUAUGCUAACGGUAAAUACCUCGGUGCAGUAAAUUCCAGGAUCCUUAACCAGCAGAGAGAUGAUUUCGAAAAUGGAUAUCGUUACAAUUACCAAACAGAGAAUGGUAUAUCUGUUGACGAGGUCGCUAGAUUCGAUUCAAAUGGAGUACCCAAAGUAAAUGGCUUCUAUGAAUACGUAGGCGACAAUGGACUAACAUACCGAGUUGAUUAUACCGCUGACGAAAACGGAUUCCACCCCUCAGGCAGACAUUUGCCUUAGGAUAAUUUAUUUAUUCUAAAUAAAAACAAGACGAAAAUGCUAUAUGUACCUUUGAAAAGAGUAUUAAUAUAUCUCAAUGUAUUUAAUAAAAUAUAAAUUGUUA